AUGGAUACAACCGUGAAGACCCCGACGGCCAAGCAAGGGCGGAAGCGUGGUGGCCCUGCGUGUGAGGAUUGCAAGGCCAGAAAGAAGCGGUGCAUUCACCGUGGUGCUGAGCUUGAGACCGAGGUAUUACCUGGGCCCUCCUCUCCUGCUCCGACUCUGGGGGACCCAAUGAAGACCCGGAGGCGCAAGAGAGAGGAUGAUCACAAGUCCCCUGCCACUAAGCCUUCAGGUGCCGCUCCUACGUCCGACACUGACGCCUCUAGUGCGGCCGCUGCCAACAAGCUACAUCAUACGAAAAGAAGCAGGUCUCUGAAGGCCCCCCAAACUCCCGCCAUCACGGCCGCGAAGCCCAAGCCCAGAACAAAGAUCAAACGAAAGAGGAAGGUCAUUGUUGAGGCAGCUGAUGAAGAGAUCGAUGCCUCCAACAAUCAAUCCAUAAAGCGCGAUCUGUGCAAGCCUGCAAAAUCUUCAUUCACCGAUCGUUCUGCUCUCUCCGCUGCAUCUUCCGGGAAUUCCAUCGAAACCGCGGACGAUGAUGAUCCCAACGGGUCAUCCACUCCUCUAUCUCCUCUUACCCCGGUCCCGGGCUCGGUCCCGGCCCAGCCUGUCGAUGCCCUCCAGGGCUCGGCUCAGAUGAGUAUCCACUUGGUACUCUCGAGGGAUUUGGAGAGGCGCCUGGAUCGGCUCAAGGCCGACUUCAAGACCGCCAGGGAUACGAUGGAUACCGCCACCGAAUCGGCUGGUGCUGUGAUCGCGGCUGUCGAUGCGUGGAAGGAGACCUGGGCGAAGGGUGGACACUAG